CAGGGUUCCUAACUUCACCACUCCGUUUACUUUUACACGUACUUCGUGGCGCUGAUGGAUACUUAACAAGGCGAAUACCUACACGUACGCCACACAUACACAUCGCACCGACAUCGGCUCGUUCUCACCUUCUCACUCGCAGAAUCGUGAAUCUAACCAACAAAGCCGCCGCGGUUGAUAUUGUGCAUCAGAGAGCACAGCGCUCUAGUGGUUGGCGAAAUCUCAUCAGAGAAAGAUGGUCGUCACCAUGGCCUCGGCGAUGCGUCAACAGCUCGCGAAUUUAGCUCAUUCCGGCGGUUCUCACAAGGAUCAAGCCGAAAAGUACAGAUCGUUCCUGGAUGCGAUCCUCACGUCGUCCGGCGACGAACUCGCCGAAACUUUGAAAGUCUUCAUCGAAGCAAUCGUUAACGAGAAUGUCAGUUUGGUUAUCUCCAGACAAGUGUUGACAGACGUCAGUAAUAGACUGCAGGUGCUGCCGGACGAAAUUUCAAAGGCAGUUUCCCAUUACACGUUAGAUAAGGUACAACCUAGGGUAAUUUCCUUUGAGGAGCAAGUCGCAAGCAUCAGGCAACAUUUGGCUGACAUUUAUGAACGCAAUCAAAACUGGCGUGAAGCAGCUAAUGUUCUUGUUGGUAUACCACUAGAAACUGGACAAAAACAAUACACAGUAGAUUACAAACUUGAGACAUACCUCAAAAUUGCAAGACUUUACCUAGAAGAUGAUGAUUCAAUCCAAGCAGAAGCUUUUAUAAACAGAGCAUCCUUGCUGCAGGCUGAGUCAAAGAACGAACAGUUACAAAUUUAUUAUAAAGUUUGUUAUGCCAGGGUAUUAGAUUACAGAAGAAAGUUUAUAGAAGCUGCUCAAAGAUACAAUGAAUUGUCUUAUAGAUCGAUUAUUCACGAGGAUGAGCGUAUGACUGCUCUCAGGAAUGCUCUUAUUUGCACAGUUCUAGCUUCAGCUGGUCAACAGAGGAGUCGUAUGUUAGCUACAUUGUUCAAGGAUGAGAGGUGUCAGCAGCUUCCAGCAUACUCCAUCUUGGAAAAAAUGUAUUUAGAUCGAAUUAUUCGUCGUUCCGAGCUAGAAGAAUUCGAAGCUCUUUUACAGCCUCAUCAAAAAGCUUGCACAGCAGAUGGACUUGGUUCAACCAUUCUUGAUCGUGCUGUUAUUGAACACAAUUUGCUAUCAGCUAGCAAACUGUACAAUAAUAUUACUUUUGAAGAGCUGGGGUCACUUUUAGAAAUACCACCAGGAAAAGCUGAAAAAAUUGCCAGUCAAAUGAUAACUGAAGGAAGAAUGAACGGUUACAUCGAUCAAAUUGAUUCUAUUGUACAUUUUGAAACAAGAGAAAGUUUACCUACAUGGGAUAAGCAAAUCCAGUCUCUCUGUUAUCAAGUGAACCAAAUUAUCGAAAAAAUCGCUCAAACCGAACCAGAAUGGAUAGCAAAAGCUAUGGAUAAUCAGAUGGUACAUUAAAUUUUUUAAGCAACUAAAUUUUUAAGUACAUUAAAGUUAAUAAUUGUUUGCCUACAGUUUAAAAUUUAAGAAUAAUCCAAGUGAAGUACAUACCAUCAGUGCCACUAAUAAUUAAUAACAAAAAAAGUUUGUAAUGUGAAUACAAUAUUUAUUCUAUUAUUUAAAAAAUAUUACUCUUAAAGUUAAAAAGAAAAGGAACACUUGGAGCAAAAAGAUCAGUUUCUUUUGUAAAUAAAUCACUACUUAAAAAAUCUCAA